AGCUGGUCGAAUAGGAACUGGGUGCGUGCAGUGAGGCUGAGCACAGCAUGUGAGCUUGCUCUUGCCCGAAACUGAACAAAUUGCUCACUGCAUUGUCUGGCGUGCUUCAUUUUCUGCGCUUAGGAGGAAAAGACUGCAAAAGGUCCUGGUAUGGAAGUCAGAUGCAGUCAACAUGGUGCCGUUCCAUCGCGGUCUUCUUAACAAAAUUAUCUCAGGCUACAGUCCUCAGAACUCGUGCCAUGCCAGCGCCAGCGAGUAUUGCGCGGUUCCUCUUACCCGCUCUAAGCUUCUUGCCACUAACCGUGUGGUUCGUGGGUGCUAGGUGAGCGUCUUGACUAGUUAUGAACGGUCUCGAUGCCCGACACUCUUCUCCAAGCCUCGGAUCACAACCCAAGCUCUUGAUGAAAAAGUGGUCCUGUCAGACAACCAGCGCCACGAGCCCACGAGCACCGGCCGAAGCCAAGUGCAAGCAGGGAGAGAUCAUCGCCAACUCGGGGCCGAAGCCAUGCGAGCUACAUACGGCGUCACUCUAUCGCGAGCUGGUUCGGCUCAUCAGCCAGGAUGGAAUCCGUAGCUCUUUUGGAGAUUACGGUCAUGGACGUUUACUAUAGAAAUGAUUCUAU